GAGAGAGCUGCGGGGCUGCGAUGCCUGAAGUACAGAUGGCUGAACCACAAGUCUUUGUGUUUCCAGAGUUGUUACCUUGGUCACCUGGAGUGUCAGCGCCAGGAGAGCCAGAAAGAGGAGCCAAACUGAGUUUUUGACCACCCAGGCUCCCAUAGCCUGAUCCAGACUCCUCCACCUAGCCCGCUCAGCACCAGCCUUCGGCAGGACGCUAUCAACGCCUGACUGGUUCCCAGCUCUCACCCCGGUGCCUGGGCCCAGCUGCCAUAGUGUGGAUCCCAUGACUCCUCGGGAAGCCCUGGACUCAGGCAGCGAGAAGACAGCGCUCUGUGGAGAAAAUUGACCAGGGACAUUUGUGCUCCAGGACACAGGACUUGGGCCCGUAUGCGUCCAGCAUGGGCCCCAGGAUGUCCCUUCUAAGUGAGGGUCGAGGGGUGGUCUCCCAGACGGGAUCCCCGGGUCUCUGCUUUGGUAGCAGCUUUGGUGACUGGUUCAGGAGUUCAGAGAAAGAAAACGGCUUGUGAACACAAUGGAAAUGACAGGCGCUCUGGCAGGCGCGGGGAAGGCAGCCGCCUCGGGAAGCCGACCGCAGCCCUUUCCCCUCUCUCCCUCCCUCUCUGCCAGAGCCCCGGAGUUGCGAGGUGCACUUGAAGUUGAUCUCGACUGCCAGGAGAACGCAGCGCAAACUGUCAAAGGGCUCCCAGUCCUCAGGGCGUCCUCCCUGUUUGGAACAGCUUUUUGUAGAAAGGAAAUCAUCAGAAAGAUUAUUUCUUCUCCUUUCUUUAUUAGAAAAAGAGAAAACCCUUCUUACUAGGCAGAGAGAGCCAAUCUCGCGCUCCCGGGUCACCCGCUACCGCGAAGAUUCGCUGGGGGCCAGGGUGGGGGGAUGCCGUUGGUUUGAGUCCUCUUAAAACGAGGGCCCUGCGGGCGAUGCCUUCUUUCCUACUCGGAUUUAGAAAGCUGAGAUUGCUUAGUUGGAAACCCUGUUCUCCCCUCCCAGGCUCACACAGAUUCCUCUUACUGGCAAGCAGCGGGCCCUUCCACGCCUCUGCGUGCCAAGGUCACCAAAUGACCUGAUCCCAUCCCCCACCCGCCGUCAAUGCUGCCGACUCUGGCCGCUCUGUCUGCCUCGUUCCCUUCCAAGAAGUUUUUAUUGGUUUUAUUUGUUUUCCCCAGCCCAAGGUCCUCGGAAGACUCCAGCGUGGAUUUUAAUUGCCUCAAUCAGCAGUCAUCCUCCCCAGCCGUCACUCAGAGCCUGGACGGUGGGUCCUGCGAUCUAGCCCUUGGCUGCGCAGAACGGUGCGCCCCGGGGGACCGCGCGGUUCAGCAGGCAGGCGUCAGGCUCUACUAAGGCGCUAAAAUGAGCCCAUCAACGGGUAGGAGCCCUUCACCCGCCGUCUUCUCCCCAGGCUCGUGAAAGGCGCUUGAUGCCGGCCCAGCGGCGCGAUCUCUCGAGGUUGCAGCGACCUCAGCACCAGCUAGGAGGAAGGCGGCGACGGAACACCGCUUUCUUUCCCCCAGCUGGAGUUAGACCUCAAACAACACCCCUGUCUGUGCAUAAAGAAAACUACUCUGAGCCACGUCCCGCCUCGCCGAGGUGUCCCCAGUCGCCUCUCGCUGAGGCCGACGCGCAGCGGCUGUGGCAGCACCCGGGACAGCGGCCUCCGGCACUUCCCGCCUCUGGCUCGCCCCUGGAGGCGUUGGCACGCCUCCCACCCUCGCACUCUGACUCCAGUUGGCGUGCACGGUCUGCCUCGCAACCUCACGACUCAGCUCCCUCCCUCUCUCCUGGUUUUUCCUCCGCCGCCCCCUCAUUCAUCCCCACUGGGCUCCCUCUCCCUCAAAUGCUCUCGGGCUCUCGACGCUUUCCUGAGUCCGGGCUCCGAAGACCCUCAGGUCCUCCCCGUCCUUUUUAAGGCUCCGCGGCUUCCAAAGCGUUGCCGCGUCCCUAAACCCUGUCUCCAGCUCGCGCACACACACACGCACACUCAGACACGCGCGUUUUCUAUCCCGGCGUGACACCCGCCCUCGCCGCGCGGCCCCGCGGGUCCCCGCGCGGUGCCCUCCUCCCGACACACCGGCACGCACGCGCGCGCAGGGCCAAGUCCAAGGCAGCUCGCCGGCAGCUUGCACUCGCAGGCGACCUGCUCCAGUCUCCAACGCCGAUGGCAUCCCCGGGCUCCGGCUUUUGGUCCUUCGGGUCUGAAGAUGGCUCCGGGGAUCCCGACAAUCCCGGCACAGCGCGAGCCUGGUGUCAAGUGGCUCAGAAGUUCACAGGAGGCAUCGGAAACAAACUGUGCGCCCUGCUCUAUGGAGACACGGAGAAGCCGGCGGAGGGCGGCGGGAGCCAAACCCCGCGGGCCGCCACCCGGAAGGCCGCCUGCGCCUGCGAUCAUAAGCCUUGCAGCUGCUCCAAAGCGGAUGUCAACUACGCGUUUCUCCACGCAACAGACCUGCUGCCGGCGUGUGAUGGGGAAAGGCCCACUUUGGCGUUUCUGCAGGAUGUUAUGAACAUUUUACUUCAGUAUGUGGUGAAAAGUUUCGAUAGAUCAACCAAAGUGAUUGAUUUCCAUUACCCUAAUGAGCUUCUCCAAGAAUAUAAUUGGGAAUUGGCAGACCAACCACAAAAUUUGGAGGAAAUUUUGAUGCAUUGCCAAACAACUCUAAAAUAUGCAAUUAAAACAGGGCAUCCCAGAUACUUCAAUCAACUUUCCACUGGAUUGGAUAUGGUGGGAUUAGCAGCAGACUGGCUGACAUCAACAGCAAAUACUAACAUGUUCACCUAUGAAAUUGCCCCAGUAUUUGUGCUUUUGGAAUAUGUCACCCUAAAGAAAAUGAGAGAAAUCAUUGGCUGGCCAGGGGGCUCUGGCGAUGGAAUAUUUUCUCCAGGUGGCGCCAUAUCUAACAUGUAUGCCAUGAUGAUCGCGCGCUUUAAGAUGUUCCCGGAAGUCAAGGAGAAAGGAAUGGCUGCUGUUCCCAGGCUCAUUGCCUUCACGUCUGAGCAUAGUCAUUUUUCUCUCAAGAAGGGAGCUGCAGCCUUAGGGAUUGGAACAGACAGCGUGAUUCUGAUCAAAUGUGAUGAGAGAGGGAAAAUGAUCCCAUCUGAUCUUGAAAGAAGGAUUCUUGAAGCUAAACAGAAAGGAUUUGUUCCUUUCCUCGUGAGUGCCACAGCUGGAACAACCGUGUAUGGAGCAUUUGACCCCCUCUUAGCUGUCGCUGACAUUUGCAAGAAGUAUAAGAUCUGGAUGCAUGUGGAUGCAGCUUGGGGUGGUGGAUUACUGAUGUCCCGAAAACACAAGUGGAAACUGAGCGGCGUGGAGAGGGCCAACUCUGUGACGUGGAAUCCACACAAAAUGAUGGGAGUCCCUUUGCAGUGCUCUGCUCUCCUGGUUAGAGAAGAGGGAUUGAUGCAGAAUUGCAACCAAAUGCAUGCCUCCUACCUCUUUCAGCAAGAUAAACAUUAUGACCUGUCCUAUGACACUGGAGACAAGGCCUUACAGUGCGGACGCCACGUUGAUGUUUUUAAACUAUGGCUGAUGUGGAGGGCAAAGGGGACUACCGGGUUUGAAGCGCAUGUUGAUAAGUGUUUGGAGUUGGCAGAGUAUUUAUACAACAUCAUAAAAAACCGAGAAGGAUAUGAGAUGGUGUUUGACGGGAAGCCUCAGCACACAAAUGUCUGCUUCUGGUACAUUCCUCCAAGCUUGCGUACUCUGGAAGACAAUGAAGAGAGAAUGAGUCGCCUCUCAAAGGUGGCUCCAGUGAUUAAAGCCAGAAUGAUGGAGUAUGGAACCACGAUGGUCAGCUACCAACCCUUGGGAGACAAGGUCAAUUUCUUCCGCAUGGUCAUCUCAAACCCCGCAGCAACUCACCAAGACAUUGACUUCCUGAUUGAAGAAAUAGAACGCCUUGGACAAGAUUUAUAAUAACCUAGCUCACCAAGCUGUUCCACUUCUCUAGGUAGACAAUUAAGUUGUCACAAACUGUGUGAAUGUAUUUGUAGUUUGUUCCAAAGUAAAUCUAUUUCUAUAUUGUGGUGUCAAAAUAGAGUAGAGUUUAAAAAUUAAACAAAAAAGACAUUGCUCCUUUUAAAAAUCCUUUCUUAAGUUUAGAAUACCUCUCUAAGAAUUAGUGACAAAAGGCUGUGUUCUAAUCAAUAAGGAAAAGCUUAAAAUUAUUAUAAAUACUUCCCUUACUUUUAAUAUAGUGUGCAAAGCAAACUUUAUUUUCACUUCAGACUAGUAGGACUGAAUAGUGCCAAAUUGCCCCUGAAUCAUAAAAGGUUCUUUGGGGUACAGUGAAAAGGAUAAAGUAAAUAUAAAAUGUAUGUUGACAAUAAAAACUCUUGCCUUUUUCAUAGUAUUAGAAAAAAAAUUUCUAAUUUACGUAUAGCAACAUUUCAAAUGUAUUUAAAUACAUAUAAUUUUACAAAAGGAAAAUAUAUAUAUUAAAAAAGAUAUCCUAUUUUGUAACAUAUAGAUUUUUAUUUUAUAUGGGUUAUACAAACUGCAGGGGCAGAUAUAAAAAUGAAGCCAGAUUUUUUUUUUCCUUUCUCUUAAUGGAGGCACAAUAAAACACUUAGCAAAGUUAUUUUGAAGCAUUGACCCACAAAAUUCUUAAAAGAUAAGAUUCCUUCUUUCUACACGUUAUGGCUUAUCACAUCUCUAAAGUUAGUAUUUCAAGACAAACAGAAAAGAAUAUUGCAAGUUCUUUAAAAUAAUUGAUCCAAUUGGCGAUAAGAAUCUCUUCCCCUUUAAGUUUUCCAUGCAGUUUACUCUUAGCGGACUCACUCUGUAAGUGAGACAAGCCAAGCUUCAUCUCAGAUUAAAUUAGGGUAAUUGUCUCUAUUCUGCUUUCCAAUUUGGCCUGUUUUGAACAGAAGGUUUAUUCUCAUUCUUGAGGCAUCUUCCAAAUAGUAUUCUUUUAUUAGGUCAUUUGAAUUAAUUAGAGAAAAUAAAAAUAAAACCUAAUCAGCCUGAGCAAAGAGGAAUGAAGCACACUCCCAGAAUAUGGUAAGCCCAGAAAAUUAAAGUUGGCCUUGGAAGAAGAAAUCUCUGUGGGACAAUAAUGGCAUCAUCCUGGUGCCAUAUUCCCACUGUCCAGGAAAGAGAAAUUUACCUCCAGCGCAAUUGUUUAAUUCCAUCCCCUCCCCAUUCCUACCCACAAACUCUCUCCUGCUAGAUUCCCUACUACUGAGAUCCAAAAUAAUUAAUUUAUAUUCCAUGGGUCGUUGUUUUUCUUCCAUUAAAUGAGCUUCUCACCCUAGAGUUUGAGACACUAUCUUAAGGUUUUCCUUUAUCUAUCUCUCAUUGAGAUCCAAAGUGACCAGAAUAUGCAGAAAUAAUAAGAUCCUUAGAUUCAAAAUAGUAUUUUUAAAACAUCCUUCUUUCCCUGUGAACCUGAUAGAAAAACAUGAGCUAACAAAAGCUUCCACAGAUAUUUACGGGGUCACACAUUGUCAGAUUCCAAGUCCUGAUAGGAGGAUACUAGAUUCAUAUGAAAACUGCAAAUGCAAAUUUAGGAACAUUUUCCAUUUCUGAAUGGACCAGGCAGUUCAAUACUCAGACUACAGUUAUACAAGGGAAGAGAGAAGGCCCUGCCCUUCAACAUGUGGAAAUGCCCUACAAUAUAACAUAUAGAAAUGCCCUGUAAUAUAAUCAAAGGAUCCAACCAUCUGAAAUUUUCCUAAGCUUGCCCCUACAUUAUUUCUCCCAGGUUAUAUGCAAAAAUAGUGAUAUUUUAUAUGAACAUGGCUUUGGGCCCUUUCUGUCUAGAAAGCAAAUGGGUUCACUAUGAUGAUUAGAACUAAAGCCUUUCAUCUGUGCCACAGAAUUUCCUGAAGGAAUAACCUUCCAUUCUAGACUUUGUCUAAUGGCUAAGCAUCCCUUUCCUUUCUCAAAACUGGCUGCUGAGAAUCAACACAUAGCUGCCCAACUAUCUUGAGCCUCAGGCCCAAAGGUUCCACUUCAGAGGCAGAAAAGCUAAUUGAUCCAACCUGCUGUCCUUCUUGGAGAAGACAGUGGGGCCCAAUGCCCUGGUGAACCAACCUUGCUCUACUCCAGGAUGCUUUAUCUCUUGGGUUACAGACCGUGGAUUGUAAACUGCUGCUUUUUAGGUCAAUGAGAUGAUACAAUUUUCAAGGACAAUUUGUGUCUAUGUAUGAAAUUCCAGCAAAACAAUUCUAGCAAAAACAAUAGCUCUUCUUCCCCACUGCCCUACCCCUUCCCAAUACUCCUUCAAAUUGGCCGAGAGCCUUGCUUAGGCCUGUGCAGGGAAAUUCUUACCAACUGUAGCCCAAAGAAGGAAGCAAAUAAAAGCCCAGGUCCCAGUAGUUUAAUAAAUAGUCUUGAAAGGAGGUGUGUAAUCUGCACAGAAGAGAGGGAGGGAAGGAAGGAAGGAAGGAAGGAAGGAAGGAAGGAAGGAAGGAAGGAAGGAAGGAAGGAAGGAAGGAAGGAGGAAGGAAGGAAGGAGCAAGGAAAGGAGGGAGGAAGAAGGAGGAAAGGAGGGAGGUAAGGAAGGAAAGGAAAGGAGGAAGGAAGGAAGGAGAAAAAAAAGGAAGGGAGGGAGGGAAGAAGGGAGAUUAUUUUGAACAUUAGCCCACAUUCCCAGUGGCAUGGUCUUUAUGUGGGCCCAUUCUUACAAAUCUCAGAAAAGUUUGGUUUUAGCUUUAAUCAGAACUGACAUGGCCAUUUUCAUUUAUACAGCAAUAUUGUGUUUAUCAUUUCAAAUACUUGAACAAACAAGUGUGAUAUGUCUUUAUCUGAGACCUGCACAUGGUAUGAACUUCAUAAACCAUCACAGGAUGUGAGGAAAGAAAAGGAAAUCAAUUGUGUCUGACUGUGUUGCCUUUAUUAUCUUGAUAGUACUGUCUUGUCACCUCAGACUGGGGUUGUGCACUUUAGAUCUGAACUGUACAGUGUUGCAAAUCAACAUGUGUUUCUGUAAAAGCUUGUACAAUAUAUAUUAUUGGUAUGUCUUUUUUGUGUGGUAGCUCUAUUGAACUUUGAUAUUAUGAAAACUACAUUUGCAUCUGUUCCUGUUCUCUCCCUUUCCUAAACUAUAUGCCCUCCACAUCAGCUGUAAUAGAGAACAUGCCCUCAGCUAAGCCCCUUACCGAGAAACUUCCUCUGAGAAUUGUGUGACUUCACAAAAUGCAAGGUGAACACCACUUUGUCUCUGAGAAUAGAUGUUACCAAUCAUGGAGUGUCACCAGCUGCCAAAAUCACAGGUGUUGGCUCUGCUGGGCAGUGGAGUAGUUGCUACUCUUCAGAAUAUGGACAAAGAAGGCACAGGUGUAAAUAUAGUAGCAGGACGGGGAACCAAGGAACCUCAAACUGGGUAUCAUCUUGCACGUGCUCUUCUGUUUUCAAAUGCUAAAUGCAAACAUUGUGUAUUUAUUAGUUACGUGUGCCAAACUACUGUUCCCAAAUUGGUGUUUCUGGAUGACAUCAGCAUUCCCCCAACAUUACUUCAUUACUAAAGACAGAAAAAAAUAAAAACAUAAAAUAUACAAACAUGUGGCAACCUGUUCUUCUUACCAAAUAUAAACUUGUGUAUGAUCCAAGUAUUUUAUCUGUGUUGUCUUCUAAACCCAAAUAAAUGUGUAAAUGUGGACACA